UCGACAAGUUUCUCUCUCUCUCUCUCUCUCUCUCUCUCUUGGGUAAAACCUAAAUUUCUCUCGACGCGCCAAAACGAGGUCGGCCUGUCGCAUCCGUUAACACGAGGCAAGAGUCAACAUCGAGCAGUCAAGUCCUGAUCGUUGUUCCAUAUGUCCAUGUAGCAGCUUACAUCAUUCACUUGCAACUCUGUCUCUUCGUAUCAAUGCUGAUUUGCUAAAAGUGUUACUCGAAAGUUAUGAUUCGAGGAAAAAAAUGAAGCGCCAAGAUUGAGAUCAAUAUUUGCAUCUCAUGCAUCCAGUAUAUCUGUGUGAGAUUUCAUCCCAAAUUAUUUUUUGAAUAUUAAUAGUCAAAAAUUCAGAUUUGAUUUUUUAAGUAAUGCCAAUCCUUAACUUUCCUCGUGAGAUUGAAUAUUGACGCAACUUUCAAAAAAAUUAAGAACAAAGUUGUAGAUAGAAAAGCACAAAACAACAGAAAAUGAAUAUUUCCUUGCCGAUUUUUUUGAUAAUCUUGAUUACGAUAUGUGUGCCAAGAGGCGAAAGUGCGAAGAAGAAAAAAUCAGAGAAAUCGUCGAAAAAAAAAUUGGCUCACCAUCCAAAUGCGAUGGCUUUUAAAGAUUUAUCGCAGUUGGACGAAUUACAUAAUGAGCUGGUGCGACAGGCAACUAUAACUACGACUAACACCACGACGACUAACACCGCGGUUUCGACUGCACAAGUAUCAGCAACGAAGCAAGGGCCAUGCAGUUGUGCUCUGGGUGUGUGUUCUUGUUGUUCGCGUAUUUUACUCAAUGUUUGGAAGCAGAAGGCCUGUGUUAACGUCACCUAUGAUCCCGACGAGUUUGCCUUCACCGCUAAAGUUAGCAUGAACGAUCAAGUCUACUACACCCGGACUGUCUCUGGUAAAAAUCCAAGACCCGUAUGCGUUCCAGUGCCGAGGUUGCCCGUGGUUCGCGCUUGCAUACGAUUUUACAAUAUUUACUUCCAAGGUAGAAAUGUGCAUGCUUGCGUAAACAUGGAAGGCAAAUUUCGAGACACAACUCUCUUCAAAGUUGGUAUGGAUUGCCUACGACUUGGAUCCAAUGGUGUCGCACUUGUGAAGCCAGAGGAUGGUGGAGGCAUAGGACAAUUAGAAAUUUUACCAGAAUCUCCGGAUAGUACCGAAGGCGAAGAUGAUUAUGAAGGAUACGAUGAAUAUGACGAUGAUGAUGACGAAGAUGAUGAUUUGUUCGAUUACUGAAAAGAGAAAUUAUUUUUGA